CCUGCAGCACAUUCUCCAUCUGCUGAGAGUCCAGUUUCCCCGCCAUGCUGGAUCUAAACUUCCUUCCUUACUAACCAGCCACAGGGCGCCGCCAUAUUGCUGUACGGACUACGCCCAGCUAUCAGCGCAGCCCCGCUCGCCGUGAUGUGGAACGCAAUGGGCGCCGCCAUGUUGUUGUACGGAAUGUCCUCCUGUUAUAUAUACAGCGGCAGGACGCGGGCUGUCAUUCUGCUCGCGGGUUGCAGACAGAGACGCUGUGAUUGGCUGCGCGACUUCCGCCUCUUGUCUGGUUACCGCCCACCACAGCUGGAGAGUCGGCUCCCUGAGUAAGGACACCGGGGGGAGGUGAUGGGGAGUGAGGGGCUGGAGUGGGGAGUGAGGGGCUGGAGUCGGUGAGUGGGAGGGUGAGUGAGGGGCUGGAGGGGGAGGGAGUGAGUGAGGGGCUGGAGGGGAAGGGAGGGGGAGUGAGGGCCUGUGGGGUCUGUGGGGUGAGUGAGGGUCUGGAGGGGGUGAGUGGGAGGUGGGAGGGGCUGGAGGGGGGAGGAGUGAGGGUCUGGAGGGGAUGAGAGGUAGGGGGAGGAGGGUCUGGAGGGUGAGAGGGAGGGGUGAGUGAGGGGCUGGAGGGGCAGGGGGAGAGGGGUGUGAGUGAGGGUCUGGAGGGGGGUGAGUGAGGGUCUGGAGGGGGAGUGAGGGUCUGGAGGGGGAGUCUGGAGGGGGAGGGAGGUGAGUGAGGGUCUGGAGGGGGUGUGAGUGAGGGUCUGCAGGGGGAGGGCAGGUGAGAUGGCUGUAUGAUCAGUUCUUUGUAUUAGUCUAUCAUCGCACCUUGAUAAAGGUGGUAGGAGUGUGAUGUUGGCUCUAGGGCUGUAUGAGCAUUAUAGUAACACGAGGAGAGACUACAGUUGGCAUCACUCCUCCAGUGGGUAUCCUUGGCUGGAAGACCCACUGACAGCCAUGUUUAUAGAAGUUACUAUAGUUAGUAUUAAAGGUAUUGUUUGCGGGUUGUUAUUAUUAUUAUUAUAAUCCGUAGACAUGUUGGUGCCUAUUUCCUUGACAGAUAUUGAUGCUGAGAGAAUACCUCAUUGCUUAUUUUGAAAUUUACAAAUACAUGUUUACAUUUGGUUGCAGUUGCAUCUAGAUGCCCUGCUUAGAGCUAUGGUGAUAAGGCCUGGUAUAUUGAAUUUAAACGUUCUAUACUCUUGAUUCAUAUAGGUAAAAUGCAGACCAAUAAUGCCAACCACUAACCAUCUUUUAAUGCCUUAUUAUAAUUAUCUGUAACGUGCCAACAAAUUCCACAGCACUGUACAUUAGGUGGACUAACAGACAAGUAUUUGCAAAAGACGCGUUUGAUGCACAAGAACCGAUGGUACAAAGGGCUCUGCUCAAAUGAGAUUACAUUCUAGACUUUUCCCUUUAACCCGACCUUAAAGCGGCCCUGUGUGGUGGGGAGAUUUUAUACAUUUAUCCCUCCACCUGUCGUGGGGGUGACGAAAGAUCCCCCCCCACCUUUGGUCACUGAGGGCCCACACCCGCUGCUCAUGGAUGGGGGCCGGAGUGGGGUAGACAAUGUCCCCAUUCCUAUUUUUGCUUAGGGCCCCCAACCGCAGCUCAUGGGUGGGGGCCGCGGGGGAGAGAUAAGGUUCUGUUAAUUUUGGCGUUAGUGGAGGGGGUAGACAAUAGGUACCCCGUUCUGUUGAAUAGCCUGUACUCGAGGGUCGGGGAAGCAUACUAUGCCUCCCCUUUAAUAAUUUUAGGAGAUGCCCCACCAUGGGGUACCUGUGCUAGGUCCCUCUUUACUUAAUUUGGUGGGUGGGGGCUUUUUUUUUUUUUUUUUAAUCUUUAACAGUGAGCAGCCACUGACUGUUUUAUACACAUGCCCCUACUCAUGGCAUAGCAAGUAAGGGCAUUCCUAUUGACCUUCAUAGAGUGGCGGGGAGCAAUGCUAUUACAAGGAGAGAUCUGCAAGCUGGUAGCUCCCUCCCUGUAAUAAACUAAACAAAUGAAGAGGUCUUCUUUCAUUCGUUUGUAAUUUCUAUUCAUUCAUUCAUCUUUCUUACGAAUGUAUUGACGAAAUUCCCUUCCGAAUUUUGGACAAUAGCGAAUGCCCAAGUAUUUAACUGCUAGGGAAUUUCAUGGCGCUAUCUAGUGUGGGAAGAUGAUGUGUCCCACACAAAGAUCACGGCACCCAGGACCUAGAUACAGGCAUAAAAUAGUUAUUAAAGAGGUAAAAUGGGGGUCCUAGUGGCAUUUGAGGGACAAUAAAAUGUAUUGCAGUUGAGAGGGGGUUAAAAAAAAAAAAAGUUUAAAAAGAGGAUGUGGCCAUGACCGUGCUGCUUUAAAAGUAAACUAUAGUGCCGGGGAAACAAAGUUGUUGUGUGUAUUGUUUAUUUAUUACUAGCACUAUAGUGUCUAUUCCUCCAUGGUUAAAGGGACACUAUAGUCACCUGAACAACUUUAGCUUAAAGGACCACUCUAGGCACCCAGACCACUUCAGCUUAAUGAAGUGGUCUGGGUGCCAGGUCCAGCUAGGGUUAACCCAUUUUUUUUUUUUUUUAAUAAACAUAGCAGUUUCAGAGAAACUAUGUUGAUAAAUGGGUUAAAACAGCCCUCAAAUCCUCUAGUGGCUCUCAUUGACAGCCGCUAGAGGCGCUUGCGUGAUUCUCACUGUGAAAAUCACAGUGAGAACACGCAAGCGUCCAUAGGAAAGCAUUGUAAAUGCUUUCCUAGGAGACCGGCUGGAUGUGCGCGCAGCUCUUGCCGCGCGUGCGCAUUCAGCCGAAAGGGAAUAGGAGGAUCGGAGGCGCAGAGCUCCCUGCCCGGCACUGGAGAAAGGUAAGUUUUAACCCCCUUCCUCUCCCCAGAGCCGGGCGUGUGGGGGCACCCUCAGGGCACUAUAGUGCCAGGAAAACGAGUGUGUUUUCCUGGCACUAUAGUGGUCCUUUAAACUGGAAGGAGAUUUAUGGUAUCUUUACCAGUAUCUCUUAACUUUAAAAUCCAGUGCGGCUUGCAUUGCUCUCGGACUUUCAAAAAAUAUGAAAGUCUGGUUAUGCAGGACUGUGGCUUAAAACGUUUAUCUUUACAUUCUGCUUCUCUAGUAUAUAGAGACAAACCAACAAAUGCAAAUAUUUGUUCUUGCUCACAAUUGUGAAGCUCAGUUUUUCUGUGUACAGUAUACCAAUGCAAUAAAUGUGUAAAUAGAACGCUAGUACAAGAGUGGCAUUUUCACAACAAAACUGGUACUUUUUCUUGUUUGCUGCUGUCGCACUGUUUUUUUUUUUUUUCUUUUGUUUUUUUAAUCAAUUCGUUAAUAUUAUUUUUUAAAUUUUAUAUAGUUGGAAACAAAAGAGAAGUUACCUGCGCUCUUCCCAAAUCCCUAUGCAGUAAUUAAAUAAAUGGAGGUUAUUUAGUCUCUUCAAUGGCCAUGAGAGUUUAGCCCACCUGCCACGUCAAGGCAAACCUCUCAGGUGGGUCCUAUGCUAACCUUUCACCUUGCUUCCUUGUGGUGUGCUAUGGUUGUUGCUGCCGCCCAGGAGUGAUGGGAGUUUGAACACAGGACUUGUUGGGUUUUUUUUGUUUUUUUUUUGUAGUUGGAUUUGGUAACCGGUUGCAACUGUAUUACGAUAUUUGUUUUCUCCAACACACUCUGACUUCUCUCACUGACAUCUGGACUUCUUUUAGUUAAACAUUUGUGUCAAACAGGAGGGCAUGAUGAGCAGAACUGAUUGUGCCAAUUUUGUAUUUUGUUUCUUUUUAAGCAUAUGAACAUUUUAUUUUGACAUUUUCUUAUUCAUUUUUUUUUUUUUCCCCCUUUCAACUGUAAGGUUUGGCUGUGUUUCUGAAACUGGACCAUACAAUGGGCAUCUCUCAAUCCCCCACAGAAACUGUCCUAAUUACAGGAGGAGGAGGAUAUUUUGGACACAGGUUGGUGCAGUGUCUGAUUGCAUAAUUAUGAAAACUUGUAAUGGUAAUCUGUUCUAUGGGAACACUUAACUAAUGAUCAGAAGUGUGAGCUUUCUUGGUAGCUAACAUGCUUUACUUUAAUUACAAGCAGUGUGCAUGUGAACACAUAUAUGUAACUGCCAUGCAUCUUACAACACAUUUUGCCCUAGAGGUUUUUACAUAAUGAGAUAUUUAUUGUAACUUUAUGGCCACAAAUAUACAAUACUUAUUCAAUUGCUCCAAUAAAGCAAUGAGGUCUAUGGAAUUUCUAAUGGAGAAAUCCAAUUCUAGAGAGUGGGCGAUGUAACUUUUGAAAGAAGAGCUGUGAUCGAUUAAAGGGCAGGGGCACCUAAAACGGGUUUGUGUCAUUGCCAUGCUGCAGGUGGGUACCUGAUCUCUCAUGAGCUUGCGCACACACAGCUGGAGGGUAGCUGUGCCAGGUCCUGGAAGGUAACUAAAGUACACAAGCAACUCAAAGCAUAUUGCGUCUGAUCAUAAGUAAAGAGCUGCUGAGGCAUUCCCGAACCUGCUUUAACUUGUCACUGCCACAGGCACAUUUCCUGCGCCUUUUGUUUUAUUGCCCAAUACCAGAUAAAACCUUAUAAAGGUUUUUUGUCUUCAUUCAGGUUGGGUUGCAAACUGCACCAGAAGGGAGUAAAUGUCAUCCUCUUUGAUAUUCAGAAGCCGGUCUUGGCUGUUCCUGAGGGAAUUCGUUUUAUCCAAGGAGAUAUCCGUUCCACCUCUGCCCUUGAAAAUGCCUUAACAGAUGUGAGCUGCGUAUUCCAUACUGCUUCCUAUGGCAUGUCAGGCCGCGAGCAACUCCAGACCCGUAAAAUAGAAGAAAUUAACGUGAACGGCACCAAUAAUUUAAUUCAAGCCUGCAUCAAUAAAGGUGUUGGGAGGCUUGUUUAUACUAGCACCUUCAAUGUGGUAUUUGGAGGCCAAGAGAUUAAUGAUGGGGAUGAGUCUCUACCAUACCUACCUCUCCAUCUCCACCCUGAUAACUAUUCCCGCACAAAGUCAAUUGCCGAAAUGAUAGUGCUUAAAGCAAAUGAUAGUGAAUUGAAAAAUGGAUAUGGAUGUCUGAAAACCUGUGCAUUGAGGUCUGCAGGUAUUUAUGGUCCUGGGGAACAAAGGCACCUCCCCAGGAUCAUCGGUUACCUUGAAACUGGCCGCUUCAAAUAUUUAUACGGUGAUCCCAAGAACCUUGUACAGUUUGUCCAUGUAGAUAAUCUGGUUUUGUCCCAUAUUCUAGCUGCAAAAGCCCUCACACCUGACAAAAACUACGUAGCAGCUGGUCAGCCGUACUUUAUUUCAGAUGGCACACCAAUCAACAACUUUGAAUUUUUCCGACCCUUUGUGGAGGGUCUAGGUUACAAAUUCCCUACUAUUCGUCUACCUCUUUUUCUUGUAUACUUUAUUGCCUUCAUAACUGAGUGGAUUCACUUUCUUAUUUCCCCCAUCUAUAACUUCCAACCUUUACUAACCCGUACUGAGGUCUAUAAAACUGGGGUCACUCACUACUUCAGCAUUGAAAAAGCUAAGCGGGACUUGGGCUACGAACCUCAAGGACACAACAUGCAUGAGGUUGCUGAGUGGUUUAAAUCUCAUGGAUAUAGUAAUCAAGCCAGGAAGGUUAAGAACAGGAGUUAUAUAUGGGACAUAUUGUUUGUCCUGUUGUUUCUUUUGGUAAUCCUUUCGUGGAUCCCAAGAGUAGGGAGUGCAACCUACUAAACCCCAAUUCCAUGUUUUUACUUUUAGUUCUAAACUAUUGUGUUUAGACCAGGGAUCGACCGAUUAUUGGUCUGGCCGAUAUUCUGUACUUUCAGCAAUAUCAGUAUCUGCCAAUAAAGAUACCGAUAAUGCAGACCAGGGCUGCCAUCAGGGUCCUGGGGGGGCCUAGCACACUCUUGCUUACCUUCCCAGCAGCUCCCCUGUCUAACUCUCGCGAGUCCUGUGGCCGUCAGAGCGUUACCAUGGCAAUGCUCUGCGCUGCACACAGGCCGCGAGAGUUAUACAGGGGAGCUGCUGGGAAGGUAAGUGUGCUGGGCCCCCCAGGGAAUGCCAUAUCUCCCUCCCUGGCCUGGUAAGAAGGGGGACUAAAACAAAAUUUAAAAGAAUAAAAAUGCCCCCAUUUAACACACACUCUGCAUUAUAUAUAUAUAUAUAUAUAUAUAUAUACACACAUAUGCGCGCGCACACACACACACACUGCAUUCACUGCAUCCACCACACAAACAUACACUGCAUUCACUAAUCGAAAACUCUCACUGAAUUCACUACACACACAUUCCUAACAACACAAAUUAUAACUGGCAUGUAUAUUUUGUGCAUUUACCUUUUUAUAUAUAAAAAAAAAAAUAAUAAACAUGUUCAGUUAACAGUAGAUGUGAGUAGAAAUAGUUAAUUUAAAAAAAAAAUUUUUUUAAAUGUACAGAAUAUCGGUAAGUUAUUGGCUGAAAGUUCACAGAUUAUCGGUAUUGGCUCAAAAAAAAAAAUAUCUAUCAGUCGAUCCCUAGUUUAGACUUCUAUAGCUAACAUCUAAUAUGUGGGAAAACGUGGCAAUGAAACGUCCUGUUUCUUUUGAAUUAUUAUUUUUAUAUAUAUAUAUAUAUAUAUAUAUAUAUACACCCACACACCCCCUCUGUCCUGAGCUACAUACUACCUCACAUGAAUGAAAGAAAAACUAAAAUUCUGACCUCAAGGGUGCCAUAAAACAUUGUCUUGCUCUUUUAACAGGGUCAUAUUUAUUCUGUGUCCUUAAUUUAGAUACUAUUGCAACCAUUUUAAAAUAAAGGCCUCACUACCUCUUAUUAUUGCCGAACACUAAUGCUUACUGUGUGUAAUUCGGUAUGGGAGAUCUGCCUUUCAGACAUGUGGCCGGUGUUUUUAAACUGUAGCAUUAGCAUUGAACAAGGCCGGGUCAUGAUUUAUAGUGAAGACCCAAAUCCAUACACCCAGCAACUCUCUAGCAAACUGGGUUCCAGACUUUCUAGAUGAAAGAUUUGCUUAUCUUUUGUAUUUCCAACUGUUGUAGGCUACGGGUAAAAUGAUGCAGACUUUGCAUUGUGUGAAAUGUCGUUCACGGCAGCUAGUUUGGCCAGACGUCCUCAAUCACUGCCACCACGUGCAAUGGAAAGGCAGAUUCUCUGUCCAUAUUGACCAUAGCAAUGUGAGCCACCCGGUUUUUGUUUUUUGGUAUACUUAAUAAAUAUUUUGGCGUCUGUGUUCUUUUAACCUUAAGUGACUGAUUUUAUUUUUUGGUAGAUGUUUCUUUUUUAGUUUAGAGUAUGGUCCUCCAUGUUGUAUGUGCAUUGUUUCAUUGUGAAAUACUGCCUAGACACCAGGCAUCGUGACCAAUUCAACUUACUGUAUUGGUCAUGGUACUAGGAUAACCCUUCAAACAUAACGUUUUGUUGCAGUGCGGAGACCUUUUCCCCUCUGUAGUCCAAUCCUGAUGAAUGCUCAUCUGAUCAUAUACUUUUUGUAGAGAAGCAUGGUGGAACAAUGACACAUUCAUAGCAAUCUUCGUGAAGCACUAAAUCUAGAUAAUUAUCUGUGUGUUUGACGUACUCAUGCUGUGCAUGAAGACCUCAAAACACGAACUCCUUCACAACCCGAAAGAUCUGAUGGAGAAAGAGCCUUUAAUGGCUUUCGGCUAAUAAUGGUGUGUGGGUCAAUGUUUACAACAUUUUGUGACUCUGUACUGCUCUUAAUUUAUUGUUUUGGGUUGGUUUUUUUUUUUUUUUUUGUGUCUUUUAAAGUUUUACUGUUGGAGUUGAUCUAAUGGACUAUUUUUGUCUGUUGGUUAAUUCUAUUUAAUAAUUUCAUAACCUUGAAAUAUUUUAUGAUUGUAUAAGCUUUGUUAUCUGGGACUGUCUCUAUGUGAGCAGCAUAUCUGUAUUCUCUCCUAAGCUCAUGCAGAAUUUGGCUGGAUCUAACCAAUUGAGGACCAACAAAGAGUCGGGAUUAUUCCCAAUAACCAUGGCUUGGCCUGAACAUAUUCCUUUGAGUGCUUCCUUCUAGCAUAUCUGGGAUAAAACUGUAACUUUCUAGUGUAGUUCUUAUCUGUGUUUUUUUUUAUUUUUUUAAAUAUAUUAUUUGUAUGAAAUAUUAUGUGGUCUGUAAUAUGAAUUGUCACUGGAAAUAAUUGUUUACAAUAAGACUUUUUUUUAAAAUUUUUAUUAUUAAAUCUAGUAUUUCAAAAUACAAAGAAUGGCCAAAUGUCUGUGUUGUGAAAAUUGGAACUUAAAAUGACCAUUUUGUAAAACUUUUCUUGCCAUCAUGGCAUAAAUAUGAACAAUAAACUGGAUAUUUCACAUUGUCUCUAUUAAUGGAGUUGUUGUUAUGAUGAGACAGAUUGGUUCGCUCUUUGGUUGGCCUGGAUGGGCACUGAGGGUCCUCUACUGCUGGUUGUGAUGACUUCUGCAGAAGCUGGACACAGAUAUCAAUGGCCAAUCAUUGGCUGAAAAUACCUGCUGACCAAUCACAGCCCAUGAUUUACAUUCUGUGCGUAGAAAUAAGCACAAAAUUGACAGUCAACAUUCCAGAAUUUCUAUUGAAAGCUGCACUUUACGUGAAAUAACUUUAGCUUGCUGUAGGUGUUUGGGGUUGCUUUAACUGCCCCUCUUUUCCCCACACCAAAGUUAUUGAGGUUGUUCAGCAGAAAACGGUGCAAUAUUUACAUGGGGACUACCUUCUGUAGUCCAAAGUAGCCAACCAAGUGACUCUUCGAACUGGGCUAUUUUGGUUGUCCACUUGUCAUUUCUCCCUAAUUCAGGUAAGAGAAUAAGUCGUCUGGUAUUGCAUGCCUUUGCAGUUCCCGUGUCCUGUUGUCAUUCGUUUCUCUUUUUGUCCUUUCACACAUGAGUUCUUUUUAAUUGAAAUAGAAGGGCAGUGAAGAUAGCUUUUAAUAAACCUGAUGGGGAAAAAAUAUAUAGAGAGGACACAGUUCUUGGGCAUAAUCACAGCAAAUCUUUAAUAGAAAACGACAGAACUCCAUAUAAAAGUAAUCUGCAUUUUGACUUUCCACUUUGAGGUUGUAAAAAGCAUCUUUGACAUGUCACAACAACCACACUUUGACAAACACGCAAUGUAUCCCAGCAGCUGAAAAUAAGCAAACUGAGCCUACUGGCUGAAUACACAUAACAUGGCGUGAAAUAAAUUAUGUAAUGAGAAUGAUGAGGUGUCUCCGACCCUUUACACCUCUUCAAAAAACUAUUGACACAAACAAAACAUUGUUUGCAGGUUAGAAAUGUUCGGGGUAUCAAAAUAAUUAAAGUGGAUGGACUCCAGAAAUUAAACUAAAUUGUACAAAACAAAUUGUAACAUACUGAGAAAUAUGGAUCAUUCUCCAUGGACACCAAUGGAAUGUUCCUGCAGAUUGCACCACACUGCCUAAUCUACAUUAUUACGCCAGGUGAUCUUUAUUUUGACUUGGGUAAUAAAGGCAGGGAUUUUGUGUGCUUUCCCCUUAGUAAGUCACACUGUGACAACGACCAAGUAAGUGAAGUGUACAGGGAUGGGCAGCGUGCUCUUUAUCCAUACUUGUUCAAAGCUAAAUGACUUGUGACCUACAGAUAAACACACGGUGUAUUUACAUAUAAUGAUCAAUUCUGGACUUGCGUUGUAAAAAGCAGAGAAACCUUCAGGCCUAUAGAAAGGAUUUCUCUGCUGAUUGUAUCACGGUUUGUAUUUUGCCCCACAAUUUCAUUUCACAAAAAAAGUUCAGUCUCGCUCAAUAGCGGUCACGUGGGCAGUAGCUUAUCAUUACUUUUACAGCUGUGCUUAGUUGGAUUUUAGAUAGGAACAUGCUCUGAUCUCCCAGUUAGUAGCAUGUAGCAGCUUUCUGCUUGUUUGUUCAAAAGUGAUUUCUUUUUAACCCUCAUUGUUACAGAGCACUUUUUGCAAUUCCAAAUAAAUACACUUUUUUUUGUAUUAGUAUAGUUUACCAUUCAGGGAUACCGACCAUAUUAUGUAAACACCAAGUGUAAAUAUUAUCAUAGAAGCAGGCAUAACGUUUCGGCUACAUAAAUCCAGAUUUUUUUAAUGCUUGUUCAGUCAGGCUUCUCAAUAACCUCUUGUUUGCUGGUGAUUGCUAGACUCAUUAUUUGGGCCUAUAUCUCAGUAUCAAGAUUGUAAAUCGCUGCCGACCAUGUUGGCACCAUGUAAAUCCCACAAUUCACUAGUUGGCAGUAUUUUUCACAACCUGAAAUACAGUUGAAACAGAGUAACAGCUAUUCUAUCUUUUCAUAUUCUAAUUUCUCUAAGCAGGGAUUAACAUUCAAUGGGGUUUCACACCAGAUUUCUGAUAUUUCAUGAUAUUCAAACCUGUGAAAAUUAAUGCAAAUUGCAGACUGAGAUUAGUUGGAAAUCUGUUUAAACUUAAAGAUUUUAUAUAUAAAUAUAAAAUGUGUUCAAAUGUGGAUAAGUGUAUUUGGUAACUGCCACUUUCUGAACGUUUAAAAUUGCAUAAUAAAAUGUAUGACGUGAGACUCGCAACUGGAAAACUCUGUUGGGUAUUGCUUAGUUGGCUGUCAUUAAAGGAGGUAAUGGCAAUUCCUACAGGAAGUCGCUAUGUACAUAUCCUUAAAUUGCUGUAUCACAAAGAUCAGGAUUACGCUCUAUGUUAAAUUUCAUUGGAAUACAAGUUAGUAGGGGUAACCAAUGUAUGUACAGCCUGUAUACACAGUAGUGGGUGCAAAGAAUAUAAAAAAUGGCAAUGGCCAAAAUAAGGAAUUAAAGUGUUGAGAAAUGCACCGUUGCUAUGGCAACAGAACGCCUAACUUGAUAUGUACAUAUCGUUUCCAUAAUAAACAGUGCGUUUUUCAAUACUUUAAGUUUAAUUCAUUAUCUUGGCAAUUGCUAUACAGGUGUUUUCCAUUUGAUUUGGGGCUAAUAGAGGGAAGUCCUUCCACCUUUUAAUCAAAUGUAUUGCUUAUAUAAACAAAUGGUGGUGUGACUUAAAAUCACCCUUGACAAAGGCCCUCAAGCCGAAACGUUGUGUCUGUUCUUCUGUCUUCUAGUAAGGUAAAUAUUGCACAGCAUAUUUUCAUAAUGUGUUACUUUGUAUCUGUGUGAGCUGAUUUUCAUGUAUUUUGCAAUUUAUUUACAUUUAUUUAUGUCCUGGGACAUUAUGCCAAUUGUGAUAGGCAUAUAUAUUUCUUUGAUAUUAUAUUCUAGCUUAAUAAGAGUUACAUUUCUAUUUAUUUUUGGUGUACGAAUAUUUUUUUUUUUUUUACUAUGUUAAAUUUCACUCUGGCAGCAGAUAUUUAAAAGUAAGGAUCAUAACAUCUUAAUUCUAAGAACACACAUUUUACAUUGCUCAUACCACAUGUCUCUAGCUUUUGGAUAAGUCAUUUCCACAGUCUUAAUGUUUUAAAAUAUAGCUGCAUAAUCAGUAAAAACUGAAAUCACAAUUAAAUUGUAAUUUCCUCUAGAUUUGAAGAUACUGUAAUGGUUUUAGGAAACGUAUAGAUGGCAUGCUUUUUAUGAAUGGGGGACAAUCAGUCACUUGGCUAUAAAAUAAAAAUUUACUUGCCAAACUAGUGCAGACAUGCUUCUAGAAAAUGUAUGAAAGUAGUCUGGUGACAUUGGUGCCUUACAGGCAUUCAACAUACAAUUAUGGCUUAAUCUUCCAGUGCAGUUUCAUAUUUAGAAUUUUACACAUUGUUUUACGAAAGACAAACUGUUUCACAGACCUCCAGGGUUAGGCACUUGGUUUAAAACAAAACUGUAACAUGUACACACACAAACUGCCUCGAACGUAACAUUUGUUAGGAGGCUUUAAUGUCCCUUUAAAUAUGAAAGGCAAAGAUGGUUUGAAAAUAGUUAUCUCCUGAGUCACUUCCAGCUUUGAAGAUGUAUAGAAAUGUUGUUAUGGAAUAACAGAACUUGAAGGGAGCUUUCCACAAGUCUGAAGCAGCAGGAGUCUGUUCCAGUUGAAAUUUUUCCCCAAAUCAUCAAUAAAACGAAGGAACGUUCUGCACGAAACAGGAAAAACCUUGUGCGGAGCAUUCUAUCCUAUAAUCCUAUAAUCUUCUGCAAACAGUCUUAUAAUGUCUCUGAACUAGAACAUGAGGUGGAACUGAAUAUUUGUCUCCAAAUAAAGAAAUAUAAUGGCAGUAACUGUCCGCAGUGUCCUUGGAAACCAGUGUGCUUAAAAAUGUUCUAUUUCGAAGAUCAUAUAUGUUUGUUGUACUUUUAUUAAACUGUAAAUGUCUUGCAGGAAGCUCUAGCUGAGUCCACAAUGAUCUUGUACCAGGAUUGAUAGUGGGUGGUUUCAAAGUAGCUCAGAACGUUUU